GAUAAAGCAACAAAACAGUAGAUGUUUACAUGAGAAGAAGAAUAUUGAAUUGUCACAAAAUAAAAUAUGUGAAGCUGCUUGUAAUUUGUUUUUUAAAUAUAUUUCUGUUCUCAAAUUUAAUAGAACAACGGCAUGGAGUCGGAAAGAACUGCAGAAGUUGUUCAAGAGGAUGAUAUCGGCAAACUCUUGGGUCACUUUGCGAAAAAUAGUCACCGCGUCAAAACGGCUGACAUCAAGGGUGAAACUAUAAUGGAGCGAUGCACACUUCUCUUUGGCAAGGAUUACAAGUUUACGAUUGUGCCAAAUUUUAACGGAGAAUUAUGUGGUCAUUACCCAAUGAAAUUGAUCAUCACAGAGUUUGAGAGAGAUGCAGUCUCAAGCACAGAGCAUGUGGAAAGUAGGCAUAAUCAACAGCUGUUGACUCAGAGAAUAAAGAAUGCCCGCUGCGCUCGCUGCAGGUCCAGAUUUGUCAUUCCAGUUAUUUUCUACCAAGGAAAGCACAUUUGUAGAUCAGCAACAUUGUCAGGAGCAGCUGAAAUGUUUGGACGGUCAACUACAGAUUAUUUACUAUCAAGUCAAAGUGGUUCUGACGCUGGGCGAUUAGAUAUGUUUGACAAGUUCCGUGGCCAUGACAUUCAGCUGUUGAAGUAUUUUGAUGUGGGUUACAUCUGCGACCUCAUGGUGGAGAAGAAGAAGACCAAGUUCGGCAUGCCAAUUACUUCAUCGGAGAAAGUGGAUAAGGAGAAUCGGUACUCUGACUUUUCCAUACUUUGUAUGCCAUACCCAGGUUGUGAAUUUUUCCGGGACUGGAAAAACAACUCCUACUUAGGAGAGGCAACAGUGUAUGACUGGGGUCAGGCGCUGAAUGACUCAAAGUUGGACCUUCCAAAUUCAGCUCUUGUGGAAAACCUCAACAUAGAAUGGUUCAAGUACACUGAGUGGAGUCUGACAGAGCUGACACAGAACUAUCUCAAGCUCUUAUUUCAGUACAUCAAGAAAGGUGACUCGGGCCUCCUGGUUCACUGUAUCUCUGGCUGGGACCGCACGCCGCUGUUCAUCUCUCUGCUGCGUCUGUCAAUGUGGGCCGACGGGGUGGUCCAUCAGUCGCUCUCUCCCACGGAGAUACUGUAUCUGACACUGGGCUACGACUGGUAUCUCUUUGGCCAUGACCUUCCUGAUCGGUUGAGCACGGACGAAGAGGUGAUGUACUUUUGUUUCAAGUUCCUCAAAGACCUAGCUUCUGACGAGUACUCUGUGCUGCCAAGGACGCAUGUCAACGGCAAUUCUUCUCCAACCCCUCAAGAAGGUGUGAACGGCCCGCGGCCGCUAUCGACCAAUCAAACAGCACCGCAGCAUACCAGACAGGGUUCAGACACCAGCUUGGGCAUACAUGGUGUUUUGCUAGCGGAUGAACUGAUGACGUUCCCGGCCAAGGGUAGCACCAGUAGCCUCAACAGCAUCAGCAGCAUGGAGGCCGGCAUCAACUUCACACUGGGAGUGCAUGAGGAGGAGGAGGAGGGUGAGGGAGAGACGAUUGACGCGGGCGCAGAGGGUGACUUGCCUCCGCUGAACGUUAACCUGUCACACAGACGGUCACUGUCCCCGGCCAGCCGUAUGUCCCCCACCAUGAGGCACAGUUCUCCGGUCAGCGCUGCGGGGCGACGGAGAAGGUCGUCAGACGGUCAGCCACUGUCCGUCCACUCGAACCACUUUGUGGGCAGCCCCCUGGCCCGGCCGUCGAGCCCGAUGCAGGUGCCUCAGAGAGAUGCCAGCGAGGGUGUUCAGUCCUCGUAUCCCAACAGUGUGGGCAGCUGGCAAAUCAUCCCCAGUGCUGACAACCUAAGAAGUCUGGCGACCAAUUCUUCCAAUUCCCAGAGCAGCGCCGGCCGCUCGUCACAUGUCAGCUCCUGCCACGAUGCGUUAGAGAUCAACAUGUCUUCCACUCGCUGGCAGCGUCUGGACGCCGUCAGCAGAAUAUUCCACACGGCGUACGCGUCAUCGGUGCAGUCGAAGAACGUGCGACAAUCGUCGGGCUCUGGGCUCACUUCCUUUUUUGACCGGUUUGCUGAACAAGUGGGUUUGAAAGGUGCCAAAUCCCAUGGAGCAAGUGGGGUGUCCAGGAGUGGAGUUUAGAAACCUGUUUUGAUUUGCAGUGUUUCCUUCUUUUUUUUUGGGGGGGUCAUAUUUUGAGUUGUGUCAAGCUGGGAGUUGGUCUUCUGACACCAAAUUGACUGACAUUUCAUUGAAUAACACCAAAUUGACCGACAGGUUUAACUGACACUAUAUUCCUGACAGCAAAUUGGAUAAUACCAUAUUGACUGAUUGGAAAUGUGUCUCGACGUGGUGGGAUCUGGCGCUCGUCUAUUUUUGGGCAUAUGGAGUUAUUAGUAUGAUCUUAAAGCAUGUUCGUUUGCCUAUUUUUUAAUUUUAAAAAUACCCAUCUAUCGUGAAUAGAAAUCGAGAUAUUUGUGAUGAAGGAGGUGGGGGUCACUUGGUGUUUUAGGUAAUAUUAGCAAGAAAGUUGCCAGCAAAGUAGUUUGAUGUCUUUCAAAGCUAUAGUGUUCUUGGAAACUGCCAAUUUAUAUUUUUGUCCUUUUGAUCAACGUUUUUCAGUAAAAUCAAGACAGUAUUUUUUUUUUAUUUGACAUAAAAUGUGUCCAGCCCAUAACAAACAAAAAAAUGAUAAAAAUUGCCCAAAAGGGGGUAAAAUGUCAUUUUCUUCUAUUUCAGUAUAUACCGACUGACACCAACUUGACAUUCACUAUACCGACUGAACCGACUGAUACCAACUUGACAUUCACUAUACCGACUGAACCGACUGACACCAACUUGACAUUCACUAUACCGACUGAACCGACUGGCACUAACUUGACAUUCACUAUACCGACUGACACCAAAUGGACUGACUGCCUGGACGUAGUAACAAAGACCCGUUUGUUCAGAACUUACAUUGUUGGUGGUGCUAUAGUCUUUGAGUAUUUCACUCUGUUCGUUGAUCAAUUGAUGCCGUCUCCUAAAUGAUGUCAAGAGGGGUGUAAAACAUAUAUAUAUAUAUAUUAUACAGUCUUUCCAUUCAAUAGAUGACGUGUAAUGUGUGAAGAAACAGUUUCUGGCAAGCUACUGUGAAAGUGGCCUGUUUGAAUUCUGGUUAUUUGUGUAAGUGCGUGACUGCGGUCUUGCUGGUGUGAAAAAAACAGAGAUCAUAUCUUUCUUUGCUGCCCUUUUUCCCCCUUUCUUUUUCCUAGCUUUUUUUCUCUUCAUUCCAUUUUUACUUCUUUUUUCUUUAAAUCUUUUCAUCCCUUCCCUUGUGUGAAAUGUUCCUUUUUUUUGGGGGGGGGGGGAUAUUUAUUUGCUGUUCUGACCGGUUCAAAAUGAUGAACCUUUUCAUUUUGGUCUGUCAGUAUCUGUGUACAUUGUUGUAUGUAUUCAAAUAUAUCGCAGAAAUAUUCCAUAUUUUUAUUUCAUUUCUUAAAUUCUAUAGUAUUAUUGCCAUACAAACUUGCCUAUAUUUUGUUGUCACUUUCAUGAGGUGUCAAGUCACCAUUCAUCUCCUGUCACUGAUACUGAUAUGUUGAACAUGGAUUCUACAGAUAAAUUUUGGUAAAUUAGGUUAGCACAAAAGUGUCAUUUUCUUUAGGUGUACUCUUUCAAGUCCUCUAAAAGGAGAAUGCUGAGAGUCUGUUUACUAAGCUCCAAAGGACUCGGUUUUGCUGGGUUUGCCAUGUUGUAAGAGUGCGCCUGAUUUCAAAAUCUUAACGGCAAAGUUCUAUUUUAAACUGCCCUUGGGGAAGCAUAAAGUUGGCGCACCAAAAACACACUUCGCUACAAAUACAUCGUGAAAAUUUCUCUGACAGACUUCAGCCCUAAUCCUUUGACAUGGGAGAGCCAAGCUUCUUAUAAAGUAAGUUAGAGGGCAGCAAUUACAAAGUGCAAUCAAUCAUAUGAGGCUUCACAAAUAGGAAAUGCCUAGGCCAAGAGAGAAGCAAGCUGCACACAUCGGCAAAUGAAAAGGAAACUUUGAAAUAUUUAAAAUGUGGCAGACUCCUCUCUGCCAGAACUAGUCUCAUGGGCCAUAGCAGAAGCUGCAAGUCAUCAUGAUCCUUAUUUCUUCUGUUUUGCUUAACACUUUGCCAUCACAUCUCGCCGAUCGACAAGAACGCUGAACUUCCGCUCCCGUCGCAAAACGCAGAUCAGCGAUGUUUACCCCCCAGUUUCUUUGGAUUUCACCCACAAUGCUUGUGAUGGCAAGGGUUUUUACUAUAUGAGCCUUGUGAUGGCAAAGUAUUCUUCUCUGCUGAUGCUUUUAGUCUUCGUCAAACAUUGACAGAUGGACUAUUAUUAUUCACAAAAUGUUACUCUUUGAAGUGUUCACAGUGGUUUUGUGCAAUGAGGCAAAAUCUAGUUGGUGACGAUUUUUUUAGUUGUAACCCGACACUAGGAUUGAUUUGCUUUGAUGGACCCACAGGGCUAUUGUUCUUUUUGAUAUUUGCUGGAGCAGAGAGAUAAUGAUUCAUAUUCCAAAAUGAUUUGUCUAAAGCUUUCAACAGUGACUUGAAAAGUUAACUCAGUUAAAUUGCAACUAUUUUGUGAUUCUUUAUUUGUUGGAACCUAAUGACAACAGUUCUCCAAGGCAAGGUUGAGGGCAGAUGGAAAUGAGGUAUGCUUCCUACUUCUUUCAUCACCAAUAUCACCGAGGUCAGAGGUCGGAGGCUUUGGAGGGAUACAGGAGGUCAUAGCACACAGAAGAGAUAGUGAACUGUGGUUGAGUUUACAGGAGGUCAUAGCACACAGUAGAGAUAGUGAACUGUGGUUGAGUUUUGUGGAGCUCUGUCAUCAACAGAGGCGAUGGGCACAGUCGUGGCAUCAGUGGUCUGGUAGUGGUUAGGCUCUCAGACUCUCGACUGCAAGGUCAUGCGUUCAAUUCCUGUCUUGGGCCGAAUGGAUUAUGUCCUUGGAAAAGGAACUUUACACAAAUUUUCCUCACUUCACUAGGUGAAAAUGGGUACCCCCAUAUAGACGGCAAAAGAUCUUAUCAGUUUGUUAAUCAUUGAGCUCUUAAUCGGCUGCCUGCACUGUAUAUUUGCCAAGAAAUCGAGAAUGUUUCUGUGUGUUCUAGGGUCUGGUGGGGAAAUGAUAACAGUAAAACGCAUAGAGCAUAUUGCAUAAAGUGGAUAUACACUAUAUAAAUGCAUUUAUUUUAUAUCACUUUUUGAUGACAGGUGAGAUAUUAGUUGUGCCUGCUUUCGAUGCACCCUGACUGCUACCCCGACCGAUGUUUUUUUCCUCCUCUCUGACAUAGCUUCUCAAGCUUCUAUUCUGCUCUUGGUUUUGCUGUUGACACAGCUAGUGAAAAUUUCUCUCCUCAUUUUAGCGACUUUUUUCCAUGUGUUUGUUAAGAUGCUGCUGACUUGAUGCUAACAGUUUGCCUCUUUGUGAGAAUCGCGGGCUGUAUGUUUUGAGUCAACUAAAUAUAUUCCCAUUUUUUUUCUUAUGAUUCAAACAUUUCUGUUUUGUAUGUUGUUGGUUUUUUUUACCAGUAUUGGAUGGCACCAAUGACUUGAAGUGUCAGGUUGCAUUUUUUUCUUUUUGCUACCAUGAUAUUGUUGUUUUUGUUUUCUUUCAAAGGGAAAAAAAAGAUGAGUUCAGCAGUAAAACGUACUGUAAUAGGUGUUUGAGAAAUUCAGAUAAUUCAUUGUUUUUGAAUUUGUCCCCUAGAGUCUCCUUUUUUCAGUCUUGCUUUCAGUAUGUUUGUGGCGUGUGCUAACUAGGAAGUUUGUUUUUUAAAUUUUAUCAAUUUUGAACUUACCAAUGUUUAAAAAAUCAGUUUGUAUAUAUAUAUAUCGAUGUAGUGGGUUAUGUAAAUAAGAAAUAAAUAUUGUUACGUAGUAUAUA